AUAGAUUUACGAGUCCUUCGUGUUGGGAAAUAAGUUUCAAAUACUAUUUAAUAUUUCAAUUCGAAAGUAAUUUUUUGCCAGGGUUCUAAAAUCGCUAACGACAAACUACUCCCUAAAAAGAAAAAUUUGAAAACUGCCUCUACAUCGAAAUGUCCUCCAAACCGCCCAUAAAUUCAAACCAUGACCCCGUCCACAUAGAACCGACCAUAAAGGCUGAGCCCCUCUCGGUCGAUGCAGUCAUGGCUGGACCAUCCGCACCCACCGGCCCCGCAGUGCCCAAUCUCAAACCUAUCAAGACCAAAAUGUGCAUCAAGAAGAGCGACAUCCACCAGUGCCGGCUGUGUUUGCGGGUCCUGCCGAAGAACGACGUUCGCGAAAUAUCGGUGCGGGAUACCGACUUGCGGGAUCAGAUUCGCGAAGCGGUCGCUGUGAAUAUUGUCCAUGCCGAUCAGCUAAAGUCCAUUUGUCUGAACUGCCUGGUGAUGGUGGAAAUAAUUCAGGAGUUUCGGAUGACGUGCAAGAAGGCGGAAAUGCUGCACUCGGUGAAGCUCAUGAUGAUGCAUCCCGGACAGUGGAUGAGCCAGGAGAAUAAGACCACGCUCGAGACGUGCCACAGGCUGGUCAAGCGGAACAAAGCCGAGAUGGAUGGGCUGUUCAAGUGUUCCGGGAUCGCGGCGGGGAACAUCAAGGAGAUUAAGAAAAAGCCCAAAGAGCGUAUUCUGGCGGCUGGAGAGGAUCCCGAGGCAUGGAAAGAUACCAUCAGCAACUCUGAAACUUCAAGCGAAGAAACUGACGACGAACCAAAGAUUUCUAAGGUUGUUCCUCAGGUUAAGAAGGAAGACAACAGUCACUUUAUGUGCGAUAUGUGCGGUAGCUUGGUACACAAUUCCAAAGAAGAAUAUCAUCGAAAUGUCCACUUGAACCACAAACCAUACAGCUGUGACGUAGAGGGAUGCGAAGCUAGGUUUUAUACCAACCGCUCCAGGCGUCUGCACAAUCUUAGCUCGCACGUGCACAGAGACGAAAGGGGGAAAAUGUACGAGUGCGAUGAGUGCCACCGGAUGAUAAAGGGUAAACAUGGUAUGCGCCACCAUAAGAGAAAUGUGCAUUCCGGUAAUACGGGUAAAAAGGCAUGCAAAGUUUGCGGAAACUUUUACUACAGCGGCUAUCUUAAAGACCACAUGGCGACCCACACGGGAGAGCAAGCCUACAAGUGCGACUUGUGCGACAAGAAAUAUGGAGCCUACAAUAACCUGGUUAUACACAAGCAAAAACAACAUAAGGAAGCGUAUAGUUUAAAGUAACUUUAAACAGAGGGGGGAGUGGGUGUUUGCGUUCAAAAAUAAAUGAAGCAAAAAACGGCUUAGGAAUGA